CUCCACAUCCUAGCAUCACUUUUAAUCUUCUGGAACACACCCACCACUGCCCAAGUCACGAUUGAAGCACAGCCAACCAAAGUUUCCGAAGGGAAGGAUGUUCUUCUACUUGUCCAGAAUUUGCCCCAGAAUCUUAUUGCCUACAUCUGGUACAAAGGGCAAAAAACGGACUUCCGCCAUUACAUUACAUCAUAUGUAAUAGAUGCUGAAACAAUUAUAGUUGGGCCUGCAUACAGUGGACGAGAAACAGUAUAUUCCAAUGCAUCCCUGCUGAUCCAGAAUGUCACCCAGAAGGACACAGGAUCCUACACCAUACAAAUGAUAAAGCAAGGUGAUAAGACUAAAGGAGUAAUUGGACAUUUCACCUUAUACCCGGAGUUGCCCAAGCCCUACAUCACCAGCAACAAUUUCAACCCCAUGGAGAACAAGAAUGAUGUAUCCUUAACUUGUGUACCUAAGACUCAGGGCUACACCUAUGUGUGGUGGGUAAAUGGUCAGAGCCUCCCGGUCAGUCCCAGGCUAAAGCAACCCGGUAAAAACAGGAUCCUCAUUCUAGCCAAUGUCACAAGAAGAACAGGACCCUAUGAAUGUGAAAUACGGGACCGAGUUGGUAGCAUCUGCAGUGACCCAGUCAUCCUGGAUGUCCUUUUUAUCUUUGGUUCCUCUGUGGACCAGGCCACCAGCAAAACUCCAAGCGACCAGAGGCCAGGCAUCUCAGUCUCUCUCAGGUUCAAGUACAGACAAUUUUAUUUCUGGACACCAGGGCUGGCCAUGACUCCCUGCCCUGGGAAAACUUGGCUAGGCACAGCCUUAAGCAAGAAUAUAAAGGGAGGGGCUGCUCUUGUCAUGGGAGACUUGGGGUCUACAGCCUGUGAUGGGAGAAACACGUGAAUACCUCAGGCCUCUGCUCAGUGAACACAGAAGGGGUUUGGCUGGGCCUUGAGGGUGUGUCUUGGCUCAGAGGGACACUGUGUCCCU